CAUGCGCCAUCGCUUGCGUGCUUGCCACUGGCCGUCGCCGCUAUUGCCACCGCCCUCGCCGCAGCUGCCACCAACCCCCACCAUGGCCGAUGCCGCCGUUGCCAUCGCAUUCAUUUGUCGGGGUAUCGCGGACCGAGGCGCUUCGAAGCUGCUGUUGAACAACCUCCUGCCUUUGACCUUUUGCAGUUCUGUGAGCUUCUGGCGCCGCCCCUCCCGGUCCCGUGUGCAGCGGGCCCCCUCGACGGCAGAUGUGGUCUGCGGUGAUCCGCUCCAGCCGCCCGCCGGACACUCGUCACCAUGGUGGUCAUGUACAGCUUCUGCUUCUGGUUCUCCGUUCGCCUGGGGUCCAUCAUCGUGGGCGUUACGUCACUGGUUCAAGCACUUGCUUUCCUAAUUUUGUGCUGUGUGGGUCUGGAAGAUCGACCAACAGUCUCUGAAACCAUAAAGGACUGGCUGGACAAAAAUGAAAUGCUGUUCCUAAAGGCACCCCUCACAGACAUGUCCAAAGAUCCUGAAGGAUCAUUAGUUUUCUUCACAUCAUUCACAGCUAUUUAUGCUUUCUGUUGUCUUCUGCUCAUGUAUGGGGCAUACAGAUGCAACUUAAUGCUAAUGUAUCCUUUCAUGGGACUGGAUCUCCUAAGACUUAUUUUCCUUUCUAUAUGCUUUGUGUUUGCCAUGAUACUUGUAAAAGAAAACUUGUACAACCUGGGUCUUCUGAUUGGUUUCAGUGUUGGUGGAGGUUUUGUAUUAUUAUACCUGUUCUACAUGUGGUUUUGCACAUUAAGUAUGUGCCAGAUUGUGAAAGAAUUAGAGAAAAUGGAAGAUAUGAUAGAUCCUUAUAAUAAUCCUCCUGUACCUACGCCUGACUACGGCAAGAAAUUUACCAUGGACACAUCUCUUGCUGUUGGCAUGAACUAUUAUGAUAAUGGAUAUAAUUAUUUAUCAAGGCCUAUAUACUAAUUUAAUAAAAAUACUAUGCUGAUGGAACAAAGUACAAACAUACAUAGUAUGAUUUUUUUCUCCUCUGAAAAAAUUGAAUUAUACACUGAUUAUACACAAUUAUACACAUCUUGGUAAAAACAAAGAUCAAAUUGUGUUAUUGCACCAGUUGUGAUAUGAAUAUUUCUCAAUGGAAAACAUUAGAAUGUACUGACACAUUAUUUUGAAUGUAUUAAAAACAAAAUAAAACAUCUGUAAAGACGUUUCAGCCAAAUAGUUUAUUUACUUUCC